CUUUAUAUUCUAUUUAUAACUAAACAGGCAGAUGUUUGGGGAGCGGGCUGUAUAAUAGCCGAAAUGUUCACCCGAAAACCAAUAUUCGACGGCAACGACAGGAUAGCGCAGAUGACGAAAAUAACAGCCAUGUGUGGCACACCCUCCGAAAGGAAUUGGGAGGGCGUCUCAAAGCUGCCAGAUUUCAAUAAGUUCAAGUUUUAUAGCCAGCAGCGGGACAUUAAAAGGCUUCUGCCAAGGAUGAGUAAGAUGCGCAUACCCGAGAACGGCAUAAAUCUGCUCGACAAAUUAUUAAUUCUCAAUCCCGCGGAUCGUAUCGAUGCCGAGAUGGCCUUGGACCACGAUUUCUUCUGGACGGAACCUUUCCCAACUGCACCAGCACAAAUGCCUACCUACCCGGACACCCACGAGAUGGACAUCCGGCGACCGCGUGAGCGCGAAAGUAGUAAAAUAAGUAAUAACGAAGCGAAUAGACCAAACAAUAGCAACGUGUCCCAUCAAAGGAGCGGACAGCAGAUGGGCCACAACGAUCAAAGGAGCCACGGCGACAAUAGCAGGCGGCAUCAUAAUAACAAUAUUAAUAAUAAUAAUAGACAUGGCAACCGCAAGGGUGGGCGAGAUGGCCGGAAUCAUAAGAAUAGAAAUCGGGGUAACAACACGGGCAAUAAUAAUAACCGUGGGGAAAGGGGCCGUAGUCCGUAUUGAGCGCGCGGUGAUUAAACAGAUAGAGACACCAACUAUGCUACUCUGAGAGUAUCGGGACGUACGGACUUGAGGUCGUAGUAAACACCUAUACAGCAAUAGACAUGGAUGUAAGGCUCUCAUCUGAAAACGGGGUUAUUCAAGUACUAUAUAAAGAACACUAUCAAUGAUGGAAC